AGGAAGGAGGCGGGUCCACAUUGCUGAGGGCUCUGUCGGAGGUCUGCAAUUAGGGAUAGUUAUAUUUUAAAUGUUGGGAGUGAGCACAUUUUUCCCGUCGUCGCAAGAGUCGUGUUUACUUCGUGCAGCGCAGAUAGCAGAGAAAAACAAAAGUUUAAAGAUUAUCCGAGCUGACAAUAUCAGCAGGUGCUGGGAGAGGCUGAGGUAGCGAUGACCAGAGCAAAGUACAGAGUUCAGAUUUUCACAGGGCAGCCUUUCUCUGCACUGCUGCAGUCAGCUGUCUUCAGUCUGUGAGAGUGGCAGUGUGUCACAGCCUGGAAUCAGAGUCAAGCAUGGCCUACAGUCAACAUAGGCAUGACCAACUCUUUGCCCUCUUUAUUGCCCUGAUGUAUCCUGUGCUGCUGGUGAAAUGCCACCCCCAGUGCCUGGAUUUUAAACCCCCAUUCCGGCCACAGAACGGCCUGUCAUUCUGUACCAUGUACAGUCAGUUCGGUUGCUGUGAUUCCACCAAAGACCAGGAAAUCAUGAACCGCUUCUACAGCAUCGUGGAUAGUUUUGACUACUCUCUGUACGCCACAUGUGCUGCCUACAUCCAGGAUAUGCUGUGUGCGGAAUGCUCUCCAUACGCUGCUCAUUUGUACGAUGCAGAGGAUCCAACUACCCCAGUCAGACAGCUGCCAGGUCUUUGUGAUGAAUAUUGUGUCGAAUUCUGGAAUAAAUGCAAGACAACCGUGCGUGCCUUAGUGAAAGAAGGAGAGCUUCUGGAAAUUGUAUCCAACAGAAAGAAAUUCUGUGACAUCUUACAACUGCAAGACCUGGAUUACUGCUUCCCUCGUGUCUUAUCGAACAGCAAUCUGACGAGAAAUCUUGGGGCAGUUGUGGCUGAUUCUGAUGGCUGUCUCCAGCUAUGUCUGGAGGAAACAGCAAACGGUCUACGCAAUCCUGUUGCUAUGGUACAUGCCAAUGACGGAACCCAUCGUUUUUUUAUCGCUGAACAGAUUGGCAUGGUCUGGGCAUAUCUGCCCAACCGGGCCAGGGUUGAGAGACCGUUUUUGAACAUUACCGAGGCAGUCCUAACUUCACCCUGGGAAGGGGAUGAGCGAGGAUUUCUGGGCCUGGCAUUUCACCCAAAAUUCAAACACACUGGAAAGGUCUACGUAUAUUACUCUGUUGAGGUGAAUCUCGAAGAGAAGAUUAGAAUCAGUGAGUUUAGAAUUUCUUCCCAUGAUAUGAAUAUGUUGGAUCAUAGUUCUGAGAGGAUCAUUUUGGAAGUGGACGAACCAGCGUCGAACCAUAAUGGAGGCCAACUCCUUUUUGGCAAGGAUGGCUAUCUCUACAUUUUCACUGGAGAUGGUGGAAUGGCCGGGGAUCCAUUUGGGAAAUAUGGAAAUGCUCUAAACAAGUCAGCUUUACUGGGUAAAGUGCUUCGGAUAGAUAUCAACAAUAAUAAUCGUGGUCCCCUUUAUAAGAUUCCCCCAGACAAUCCCUUCAUCCAGGACCCAGAUGCCCGGCCAGAGGUUUAUGCCUACGGAGUGCGGAACAUGUGGCGAUGCUCUGUAGAUCGAGGUGACCCUCAAACAAAAGAGGGAAAUGGAAGAAUCUUCUGUGGGGAUGUUGGACAGAACAAAUUCGAGGAAAUUGAUAUCGUUGAGAAAGGGAGGAACUAUGGUUGGAAAGCAAGAGAGGGGUUUUCAUGCUAUGACAAGAAGCUCUGUGGAAAUUCCUCCCUGAGUGGUGUUCUGCCUAUAUUCGCCUAUCCUCAUAGUGUUGGAAAGUCUGUCACUGGGGGCUAUGUCUACAGAGGCUGUGAAUCUCCCAACCUUAAUGGACUCUACAUAUUCGGUGACUUCAUGAGUGGGCGUCUGAUGGCACUAGCUGAAGAUUCUAGAACAGGGAGCUGGUAUGAUUAUAAGAUCUGCAUGGGAAGAGGUCAGACAUGUCUGUUCCCAGGACUAUUGAACAAAUAUUAUCGGUACAUUAUCUCCUUCGCUGAGGAUGAGGCAGGAGAAUUAUAUUUCCUGUCUACACGGAUUCCUACGUCCACAUCUGCUACUGGAGUGGUUUACAAAAUAGUUGAUCCUUCACGGAGGGCACCACCAGGAGCGUGUCAGUAUAAUCCUUUACCGGUUAAAGUGAAAAGCCGCCUCAUCAAUUUUGUGCCUAAACCAAAAUGGACACCACGUCCCAGGAAGAGACCGACAAAGAACAAACCCAAAGGGAGACAAAGGACCAAUCUACCACGAAAAGGCAGCUCUCCAGAUUGGUUCCUGGAACUCCUGCAGACCUUAGAAAAGCUGCAAACAGAGUGGGAUACAGCUCCCGAUCAGCAUGUCGCUACGUCAGCAACUAGCCCUGAAGAAAGACACGCACAUUCUGGCAGGAAGCAGAACAAUGCUGGCCCAGCAAACAGGAGAUCAGAGAGUACUCCGACAAAUGGAGCAGUGCGCCUGGUGAAUGAACAUGACAGGGCAGACCGUGGCAGGGUGGAGAUUUACAUUGAUGGAGUAUGGGGGACGGUGUGCGACGAUCUGUGGGACAGACAGUCGGCUGCUGUUGUGUGUCACCAGCUUGGAUUCCCAUUUGCCAUCGAAGCCUAUCGGAGAGCUGAAUUCGGACAAGGAAGUGGGCCUAUUCUUCUGGAUGAUGUGGAAUGUGAUGGGAGCGAAAAGAACCUUCUUCAGUGUCACCACUCAGAAAUUGGAGAGACUAAUUGUUCGCAUCAUGAGGAUGCAGGUGUUAUGUGCGGGCACACAGAACCUUAAAGAAUCUUAAAGGAGCACAGCAAACAUUGCAAAGUAAUUCAUCGGUGAAAACAAAAUCAGGAAUUAUCUUACCAAAACCAAUUGCCAUUUUCCUGGAGUAUGUGAGAGGCAUCUCCGGGAAAUGAAGAGUGCUCACUGUAGCAGCAUUAACACGAGCAACUAUUGGCACAAAGUGCUUCUAAAUAAUUUACGUCAACAUUAUUCUUUUUGAAGACUGUGUAUCAUUUUCCAAAUAAUAUAUUUUAAACA